AUGGCAACACCGGUCACGCCAGUGAUACGUCGCUCGCUCGCCAACACAGGCCGCAUACGAUGCCGAAACCUCCAAAGGCAGAGGUCAUUUCAGACCAAAGUCACGCAGAGCAAGAUCCCUAACUUCGGCUUCGCCUUCGACAUCGAUGGCGUUCUAGUCCGAUCCUCAACACCCAUCCCGGGCGCUCACAAAGCUCUGUCGUAUCUGCAAGACGAGCGAAUACCGUUCGUCCUACUCACCAAUGGCGGCGGGAAGAGCGAAGAGGAGAGGGUGAGGGACCUACAGGAGAAGCUCGACGUACCGCUGGAUACGGGGAUGUUCCUGCAGAGCCAUACUCCUUUUGCAAAUCUGAAGCAGUACCAUGAUAAGACGGUUCUGGUGGUUGGAGGGGAUCACGAUAAAUGCCAGAGGGUUGCGCAGGGUUACGGGUACAAGAACGUGGUGACGCCGGGAGAUAUCUAUACAGCUUACCCGGACAUCUGGCCUUUUGGAAAGCCGUUCGAGGAGGUUUACAAGGCGUUUGCAAAGCCACCGCCGAAGCCCAUCAACCUGGAGUCUCCGCCGGAUAGCUUAAAGAUCGAUGCUAUAUUCGUCUACAACGAUCCUAGAGACUGGGGUCUGGAUGCUUCGUUGAUACUGGAUCUCAUGUUGUCAGAGCAAGGUAUUCUCGGCACGCUGUCGAAGAAGAACGGUGACUCGAGCUUGCCGAAUAAUGGCUACCUGCAAGAUGGCCAGCCAGCUCUCUACUACAGCAACCCUGACUUGUGGUGGGCGUCAUCCUACCACCUGAAUCGUCUCGGCCAAGGAGGUUUUCAAUUCGCCUUCGAUGGCUUGUGGAACGCAGUUACAGGUGGGGCGAAGCUAGAGAAGACCACCAUCGGCAAGCCGACUCAAGCGACGUACGAAUAUGCCGAGAACCUGCUCCGACAGCACCGUAAGAAGAUUUGGGGUCCGGUCGGUUUGAAUGAUCCGCUGAAGAGGGUCUACAUGGUCGGCGACAAUCCUGAAUCCGAUAUUCAAGGCGCAAACAAUUAUCAGUCACCGCAUGGCAGCGACUGGACCAGUGUCCUGGUCAAAACCGGCGUGUGGAAGGAGGGCCAGGAGCCGAGCCACAAGCCGGACAUCAUCCAUGAGAAUGUCUCGGAGGCUGUUCAGUGGGCGGUUGAGGAUGCGCGGAAGAGAGGCUCAGCAUGA